GCAAAGCGAAGGCAAAGCUUCCAACUUUUGAAAAAGCCUGAAAUCAUAUUCAAUGGGGUUUCAAUUCGGGCAUCUUUGCUUCAAUCUUCUCUUCUCUAUGCUCACUCUUCUCUGAAAAUUGGAAACGCUGUCGUUUUAUUAUCUUCUCUCGCUCAAUCGCCCAAUCUAGAUUCGGUGCUUUGAUUAACUUGUUUGUUGGAUAUUUCGGUAAACAGUGACGAGCUAAAAGUCUGCAAGAUUUGGUCUCUGAGAAUAAGAUUGUUGAUGAAAAGGGUAGCUAAAAUGUACAUCUAGAAGUGUGACAUUGUAAGGGUCGUGUUUAUAAACCAAUGGAAACUGCAAGGUGUUGGCUCAACAAAUUGAAAUCUAAAGAUAAGUUAAGGCCUUCAAAGAAGAAAGAGGCUGCAAAUGGAAAGGAGGGGUCUAAACCACCAGCAAGUGAAGAGGCACCGUCAAAAGUCACCAAACAGCGGGUAGAAGCUGCAAAGCAAUAUAUUGAAAACCAUUACAAGAAGCAGAUGAAAAGCCUCCAGGAAAGAAAGGAGCGACGUGAUAUUCUAGAAAAGAAGUUGGCUGAUGCUGAAGUCUCUGAAGAAGAACAAAACAACUUACUAAAGUGUUUUGAGAAGAAGGAAACAGAAUACAUGCGACUCCAGCGGCAUAAAAUGGGUGCUGAUGAUUUUGAGCCAUUGACCAUGAUAGGCAAGGGUGCAUUUGGUGAGGUUAGAAUCUGCAAGGAGAAAGCAACUGGUCAUGUUUAUGCCAUGAAGAAGCUUAAGAAGUCAGAAAUGCUUCGCAGAGGCCAGGUCGAACAUGUGAAAGCUGAGAGGAAUCUACUUGCGGAGGUUGACAGUAAUUGCAUUGUCAAACUAUAUUGCUCCUUCCAAGAUGAUGAGUAUCUAUAUCUCAUUAUGGAAUAUUUACCUGGGGGGGAUAUGAUGACUUUACUGAUGCGGAAGGAUAUAUUAACUGAAGAUGAGGCCAGGUUUUACGUUGGAGAAACUGUCCUGGCAAUUGAAUCAAUCCACAAACAUAAUUAUAUUCAUAGAGACAUCAAGCCUGACAACCUGCUACUUGAUAAAAAUGGUCAUAUGAAAUUAUCAGAUUUUGGAUUAUGUAAACCAUUAGAUUGCAGUAAUCUCCAGGAAAAGGAUUUUACCUUAGCAAAGAAUCUCAGUGGGGCUCUUCAAAGUGAUGGACGACCUGCUCCACCAAAACGCACACAACAAGAGCAAUUGCAGCAUUGGCAGAGGAACAGAAGGAUGCUUGCAUAUUCUACGGUUGGUACACCUGACUAUAUCGCUCCAGAGGUUUUGCUGAAGAAAGGAUACGGAAUGGAAUGCGAUUGGUGGUCUCUUGGUGCUAUCAUGUAUGAAAUGCUUGUUGGAUAUCCACCCUUUUAUUCUGAUGAGCCAAUGUCGACCUGUCGGAAGAUAGUAAAUUGGAGAACGCACUUAAAAUUUCCCGAAGAAGCAAAACUAUCCCCCGAAGCUAAAGAUCUUAUCAGUAAACUCUUAUGUAAUGUUGAGCAAAGGCUUGGCACAAAGGGCGCUAAUGAAAUUAAGGCUCACCCAUGGUUUAAAGGUAUUGAAUGGGACAAAUUGUAUCAAAUGAAAGCUGCAUUUAUUCCUGAAGUCAAUGACGAGUUGGACACGCAAAAUUUCGAGAAGUUUGAGGAGGCUGACAACCAAAUUCCAUCUGCCACAAAAUCAGGUCCUUGGAGAAAGAUGCUUUCAUCCAAGGAUGUAAACUUUGUCGGUUACACAUACAAGAACUUUGAAAUUGUAGAUGACAAUCAAUUACCUGGCAUUGCGGAGUUGAAGAAGAAGAGCUCAAAGCCCAAGAGACCCUCCAUCAAAUCCCUUUUUGAGGACGAGUCCGCUGCAGCUGCCAGUCAACCUGUUCAAGGGAGUUUCAUAAACCUCUUGCCACCGCAACAUGAAGCCCCAGAGAAUCAUUAUAGAAAAUGACCUGACUCACUUUAGUGGUGUCCAUGGGAUUAUAGCUAUGGCCCUGGAAAUCCAAAGAUAACAAAGCUUUAAAUAUUAUCUGGUAAGUAGCUUUUGUUUUUUGCCACAGCUUACCUUUCAAGUUUCCAUUGAAAAAGUUUUUAAACAAAGUGGUUUGAGAUUUAUGAGAUUGGCUCUUGAAUCAGCUAGGAGAUUGUUCGACUGUAAAAUUAUAUAUAUAUAUGGAAGUAAAUAUUCUUUCAAUAUUUGUUGUGUAUUAUUUUUCACACCCAACCUAUAUUAUGUCAAAGAGAGAGAAGUCAUGUAGUAUA